CUGUUGCGUUGCGAUUGGGACGAAAGUUUUUAUGUGAUUUUUUCCUUCUAAAAGAGUUUAGGUUUUCGAAUGAAACAAAACAUCUGAGACAAAAUGGUUUUUUAGUAAUCUAUUAGAUAUGUUUUUGUUUGAUUUUACGGUUCCUUAAUCCAUCAAAGCAGUGCACUAAAAUGAUGCGUUUUAUUUUUUGUUACUUUCUAUUAAUUUUUUUAUGUCGCUAUGCCGCCGCACAUCAAAACAAAUAUUCAAAAUUUUGUAAAGAGAAUGAUCGGAAAAGUAUAAGUUGCAAUAGCCAGUUGUCAGGACAGCAGCCCAUCGAGUCCAAUGUCUGCACAGUGGAACACUACGCACCGGAUAGUCCAAAAUGCAAGUACAUGGAUUUUGGACCAUUCCAAACGAAUACACAUAUUGGAGGUGUGAGUUUGAAACCAUACCUUCUAGAUGAAGGCCUCAGCUCUACCAAUUUCACAGUUCUUAACAUUACAUUUACGAAUAUUAAAUGGAAGACUAUGAAAUUUCGUUUCCAACCAACAAAUUAUCAAUCAAACCAUUGUCGCAACAUCAUCCUAUCAAAUGAUUUUCCAAUUGAUGAUCAAUCCAUUUUAUAUUACGAUUGCUACUGGUCGUUCACCGAUGGAGAUUAUAACAAUACCAGUCAUAUUCUGGACUUUAUUGCUAAUGAUGGCACUGAAGAGAAUAGGGGUCAAUAUUACUUCAACAUUCCUACUGUGCAAAUGUUGAGUCCAAAUGUAACAGAGAAUGAAUGGAAACCAUUCCUCUACAUAGAAACAUUGCCAAGUGUCUUACGGUUACAUAUUAUGCCACCGCCUGUACAACUCAAGAUAUCCGGUUACAAAAUUGAAAUAAGAAAAGGUUGUGCCAAAGGAGUUACAGACUGUCAUGACGAGCUGGUUAAAAGAUCCAGUGUAUUGAUGAAGAAUUACACCCAAGAAAUCACUAGUGACUUCUAUUAUUUGGGAAGUUCUGGAUUGUUCUAUUUUGUGGUGACGCCGACGCAUGAGCAGUGUUCAAAUAACGAAAAUAAAUGUCAAGUAGUUGUCAGCCCUAAGAUUUCAAUAAGCAAUGAAGUCCACAAGUAUUGGAACAUAUGCAUCGCCAGCGUGACAGCUUUAGUGGUCGCCACUCUAUUCGCUUACUACGUUCUGUUACGUCUCAUACGACGUUACUGGUGCAAAGACUACGCUCUUGCUGAAGUUCAAGACAUACCCGCGCCAACUAAAGUGCUAGUGAUAUAUUCACCGACGAGUAGGCUUCACGCCGAGUGCGUGUCGUCAUUCGUAAACUACCUCCGUUCCGAGUACGGGUUCGAUGUGAUGCACGAAGCCGAUAUAUGUUGCACCCCGCACGGGGACCCAUACAUAUGGGCAGAGGACGCCCUGAAGGCGGCCACGCAUGUCCUCUACAUCGUGGGGCCUGGGGACGAAUCGAACCUUUACAAGAGCAUAUACGAGAAACCUAUUGUUUCAGGUGCUCACAAAGACGUUGAUAUCCUCCUACUGUCGAUGCUGAGAGCAUACCGCGCAUCACGUCACCCAAAAGACAUAUCAAAUGUAUUCUUCGAACAUUCCAACGGAGCGAUACCCAUGGAAACGAAACAUGGCAACGUUUUCUUCCUCCUCAAAGAUUGGCAGAAACUAAUAUCGCACUUAUCUAAAAAUAUGUUACCGAAGAAACAGAUAAUGCGAACUGAAAAAGGAAGGUGCUUUUUGGACGAUUUGACUAAAGCGAAGAAAUUGUUGGGGAGCAAGUGUGAAAAAGAAAAAAUAUUGGUAUAAAUUUUGAUACAGCACAGUUGAAAUUUUGUAGACAUGUCAUUGUUUUAUAUGAACGUUGUAGAGUAAUUUAGUUGGAAGCGUUAGAUUUGAAACUAAAUAAGGGCAUAGAGUAAAUACUUACAGUGGGCUGAUGUCUUUGAAAUUGCGUUAAUCGCAGGUUUUAUCUAGAUAUUUGUCGUUGCCACGUGUUCAUUAAGAAUUAUUUUUAAUGUUAUUAUUUAGUUUAUUUCAUAUUAAUCAUUAAUAGAAAUAAAAUAAGUAAGUAAUCAAAAUUAUCUAUUUAUUUUUAAUAAGUUGACGCAUUUGACAAAGCUCCGUUCAUGGGCUUUUUACAAGAGAGUGUAGUUGAGCUUAUAUAGACUGUGCUACGGGCAUAUUAAUAUUAGGAAUUGAAAGUCUGAAUUAUAAUGACAUGUCUAUGAGAUGGGUAGUGUUAGUCAUGUUAUAAUGUUCGUUAGUGGGAACAUAUUUUGUUUUGUUUAACCGAAAACUUGGCGGCAUCCGUUUAUUAUGCAAUACGAUUUUUGUCAAUGAUUUUGCAAUGAUCCAGUUU